GUUGGGAUGCAAACAGAUUUAUAAAUUUAGCAACUUUGUUUGGGAUUUUCUCUGUGCUAGUGCUAGAAAGUUUGGGUGAAAAUGCGUCGAUUUGCUCGUUUUUGGCGUGAUUCGGCCAGCCUUAUUGUGCUCGCUCGUACUGGCUCCGGAUCCGGAGUGGAUGCCGCUGGUUGCAACUAUAAGGUACUCGUCUUCAAACGUCCCGAACGAUCGUCCUUCAUGCCGAACGCGGUGGUGUUUCCAGGAGGAGCAUUUUCCAAACAAGAUUGCACGCUCGAGUGGAAUAGACUCCUUUCGCCGGAGAUAACCCAACAGCUUGCCAAGGUUUCAGGUCCACGGCCACCCAUUUUCGAAACAGACGGCCAUUCCUUAGUUGAUCGGAACGUUUCCUUGCGUUUGUGUUCGUUGCGUGAAACGUUCGAAGAGUUGGGUGUUCUGUUGGCCACCGAGAAGACAGGCACAGAAAAGGCUACGGGGUACGGGAAAGUGGCGACCGGGAACCCGAUGUUUGAUGUCGCUUCCUGGCAACGGGACGUGCACGACGGAAGGCGAGAGUUUCGAGAGCUGUGUGAGGUACAGAAGCUAGUCCCGGAUGUGGCCAGUUUGUACGAAUGGGCCACCUGGAUAACGCCAACCAUCAUACACAAGAAGCGGUUCGAAACGGCCUUCUUUCUCGUGGCGCUGAGUGCAUUGCCCCCGGUAUUGCCGGAGGUGAACGAGGUGAAGGAAUACUAUUGGGACACUCCGAGCAAUCUGCUAGAAGCGCAUGCCUGCAAUCGCAUCUGGUUAACACCACCGCAAGCGUAUGAAGUUAAGCGGCUUAGUUAUGUACACGAUAUCGAUAAGCUGAUCUCGUUUGCUAAGCAAACGCGCGAUGGUAAAGGAUCUGCUGCAUUUUGCCCUGUAGCGUACAGCACUUCCGAUGGCACAGUCCUCGCUCUGCCCGGUGAUGAUCUAUAUCCAAAGGAUUACGAUUAUGUAACGGAUCAUACAACUUUCGAUGAUUACAAGGGCCUGACGGCAGAAGAGUUACGUGCCAAAGCGAAGCGAUUGCACCGUCUAGAGCUAGGCCCAGGUUUGCACACAAAAGGAUUCUUUAUGAACCAAAGGCCUUCGGAGCAGCAUCUUCAUCUGCUCGGUGAAAAUCAUCACUUGCAGCUAUGGAAGUAGCAAAACACAUUCCAAUACUAGUUAGAAGGGUUUUAAUUAGGCUUCAAUUAAACAAUAAAUGCAUGGUAAUUUUGAAAUCGAUGGGAUC